AAUACAAACCACACGGCACACACACAACCACCGGCCCUUCUCUCCUCGGCUCACCCAGCAGGCCGCGCCGGAUGCUCAUGGCCGCAGCCACGCACUACUUGGGCGGAUCAGCCCACUCCUCCUCCACCACCUCCUCCUCCAUCUCGCCAUCGCCGCCGCCCUGGCACCCGGUCCUAGUCGUACCCAGCAACCAGCGCCAGGCCGUCGUCUACGACCUAACGGAGGACCUCGCCACGCCGCCGUCCCCGUCCCCGUCCCCGUCAACGACCCCGCAGCACCUCCGCCCCGCGUCCCGGCGGCGCGCGGGCAAGCCGCGCCGGCCGCGGCCGUCGCGGAAGCUGCCCACCACCUACAUCAGCGCCGACGCCGCCAGCUUCCGGCGCAUGGUGCACCAGGUGACGGGCGCCGGCGUCGGCGCCGACGUCGACGCGGUGCACCAGGGCACGGAGCAGCUGCUCUGCCGCCCGGCACCGCCCUCCCGCGCUGUGCUUUCGACGGCGACGACGACGCUGGUGCCGACGCUGGACACGUCGGCGUUCCUGCUCGACGCCGGGGGUGGCGGGCGGCCUGGCGCGGCCUGCUUCCACGGCUCCGCGGCGGCGGCGGAGGCGGAGGCCUGUGGUUGUGGUGGCGGCGGCGGCAUAGGAGGAGGAGGGGAGUACAGUUGCAGCAACGGCGGCGGCGGCGGGUUCCCGAGCUUGGAGUCGUGGGAUGACCACGACCUAUUCUAGGACUAGGAAGGAGUAGCUGCCGUCUCCAAAACUCCAUGGCCGUGCACACCUAGCUUGCUUGUACUGUAGAUUAUUUGAGCUUACCACAGCAUCCAUCGAUUGAUUGAUCGACAAGCAGCGUGAUUAUAUUGGUUACAGAGUUUGCUGCUAGCUAUCUUGGUCGAUCAAGCUUUGUUGCUGUGGGAAUAUGAUGUGAUGAGAUGGAGUAAAAAAGGAUCAA